AUGACUAUUAACAAAAACCAUGUAGAGUUUUUACAAGCCUUCCCACCACAAGAAAACCAAAAGUGUCGCAAUGGAAAUGAUAUUCCAAAUGAAUCAAAUUGUCGGAAAACGGAAAAUGAACUGGUUCAUCAGGAAAAUGGAAACGAAUCCGGUUGCCAACCUCAAAAUUUUCUAGUGGCAGACUUUGAGAUUUCAGUUUGGGCUCCAGUACCUGUGCCACCUAGGCAACGAAAAAAGCAUAGGAAACCAAGAAAAGAGUACUCAAAAAUUCUGGAGCUACAUGUACACAGGCCAACAGGAAUUGUUUAUCAAGGAUGUAAUCCACGAAUGAUUCAAGGGUUCCUUCUUCAAUCUUUCAAACCACAAACCAUUCCAACUGCAAAGUUUUUCUGUAACAACGUUUUCAUGAGGAACCAAAUUUACGGAAGUGCAAAGGCCAGACGAAUGCUCGGUGUUCUUUUUGAAAGACACGUCCAUCUCAGAGCUGCUGUGGAGUUAUACAAGCUGCUCUCAUCCAGAUUGACCCAAGAAGAACUUUACAACAACGGAUAUCUUCACGUUCGAAAAAUUAAACGUGAGACUAAAAACUACAAGUUUGAAAUCCUUAUUCUCACACUUUCAGCAUUUAACGCACUGAUGGCAAUCUACCGAAGACCACAACUAGUUUCAAUUAUCAUCACCUCGUACCUUAGCUGUGUAGGGUAA